UGAAUAAAAUCAGCAACACGUCUGGCUCCGCCAUAAGUUAAAACUAGCCUCCAGAGCAGAGUAUUUGCACAAGAAUUGAAUUGAUUUAACUCUUUUACAAAAUGAAAUACAUUCUUAUAACCGGAGGAGUGAUUAGUGGUGUCGGAAAAGGUGUUAUUUCAAGUUCGUUUGGUGCAAUUUUGAAGUGUUGUGGCAUUGAAGUAACGUCUAUAAAAAUCGAUCCCUACAUUAACAUAGACGCUGGCACGUUUUCACCGUAUGAACAUGGGGAAGUUUACGUACUGGAUGAUGGGGGCGAAGUGGACCUUGAUUUAGGAAAUUACGAACGUUUUUUAAACAUCACUCUACAUCGUGACAACAACAUCACAACCGGAAAAAUCUAUCAAGCCGUGAUUGAAAAAGAAAGACACGGAGAUUAUUUAGGCAAAACCGUUCAAGGUAAAUCAACUUAUUCAUCUAGUGUUUAUAAAACUAAAUUUAUUUUUAACACAUCAGUUGUGCCACAUAUUACUGACGCUAUCCAGGAAUGGGUGGUCCGUGUAGCGAAAAUUCCCGUAUCAGAAUCGGGAAAAAUCCCCGAAGUUUGCAUAAUAGAAUUGGGAGGAACGAUCGGUGAUAUUGAAAGCAUGGCCUUUGUUGAAGCAUUCAGGCAAUUCCAGUUUAGAGUCAAACGAGAAAAUUUCUGUGUAGCUCAUGUCUCUCUUGUACCCCAGCCUCGCACAACCGGUGAGCACAAAACAAAACCCACCCAGUCUUCCGUACGAGAACUCCGAGGGCUCGGCCUCUCCCCCGACAUUAUUGUUUGUAGAUCAGAGAAACCAAUAGGUCAGAAUGUCAAAGAAAAAAUAUCGAAUUUUUGCCAUGUCGCUCCCGAGCAGAUAAUUAGUAUUCCGGACUUGCGUUCAAUAUAUGAAGUUCCGGUAUUUAUGGAAUCGCACGGUAUUGCCGAAUAUCUUUGUAGUCGAUUGGAUUUAGGAGUGAAACUUUUGCCUCCCAUGAGGAAAUACAUGAGGCAAUGGAUCGAGCUUACGGAACGCAUUGAGCAUUUAAAAUAUGAAGUUAAUGUGGCUUUAGUAGGGAAAUACACAAGAUUGGAAGAUUCGUAUACGUCUAUAACCAAAGCAUUGCAACAUGCUGCCAAUAAGAUUGGGUAUAAAGUUAAUAUUAAAUUUAUCGAGGCUUCCAAUUUGGAGAAAGCGAUGUUGGCGGAGGAUCCGGCGGCUUAUCAUGACGCUUGGCAUCAGCUUUGCAAAUGCGACUGUGUUGUGGUUCCUGGCGGCUUCGGAAAACGUGGCGUCGAAGGCAAAAUAGAAGCAUGCAAAUGGUGUCGUGUGAACUCGAAACCGUUUUUGGGCAUUUGUUUGGGCUUUCAAACUGCUGUGAUUGAAUUCUCUCGUAACGUACUUAAUCUUAAAGAUGCUCAUUCGACCGAAUGUAACGAAACCGUGGAGCAUCCUGUGAUUAUAGACAUGCCGGAACAUAAUACGGGUGAUAUGGGAGGAACAAUGAGGUUGGGGAAACGAACUACAGUUUUCAAACCAAACAUUCAGAGUAAAAUUAAACGUCUUUAUGGUAACAAGGAACAAAUCGAAGAACGUCACAGGCACAGAUACGAAGUCAAUCCCAAGUACAUUGAAGAUCUCGAAAAACAAGGAUUAAAAUUCGUGGGGGUAGACAUCGAUGCAGAACGGAUGGAAAUACUUGAAAUACCGACUCAUCCCUAUUACGUAGCAGUUCAAUUUCAUCCUGAAUAUUUAUCAAGGCCCAUGGAACCCUCACCUCCAUUCAUGGGUCUUAUUCUAGCAGCGAAAGAUAGACUUAAUUCGUAUUUUGCUAGAGGUUGUAAAUUAUCUCCUAGAGAACCACAAUCGGACUAUUACGAUUCUGAUGAUGAUGUCGAUCAUUUAACGUUGAAACAAGCGACUCUUUAUUCCACAGAUGAAACUGAUGGAAGCAGUACUUAAAUUAUUCGAUGGGAAACUAACAUUCCAAUUUUCAUAGUUGCUUAAAAAAUUGUGAUUUUUAAAUGAUGGGUGGAAAUUAUGGUUGGUUGGACUGGAUCUCAGUCAGCUUUAUUAUUCAAUAUUUUGGGCAAUUACAAACUGGUCUUAAUUUAAAUAGAUAUUUAAAAAAUGUUGUUUAAUUUGUGAAAAAUUAAUUUUUAUAGAAUUGCAUUGCAUAAGGGACAUUUUUUUAUUUUAUGGAACUUCCUUGAGUUUUUUAAGGAUUUAUUAAUUUGGACGUCAUUGGCAUUCGACCCAUCAUUUAUAUUCAUUAUUUUAUCAUUUUUUUAAGCAAGUUGUUUACCAGAUUCCUGUGUAGUAAGUUGUAUGAGUUUAUUAAGAUAAGCGCAACAUUAUUUUGUUUAUUGAAGAUUCAGAAAUAUAGGUAUUUUUGCUUUA